CAGAUAAUUCGGAGAACAGGGCGCGGGCGGCUGCAUUCUGCCCAGUGUUCAUUGACAUUUAAGCACAGUAAGGUAAUGUCAGCGAUGUCUUUGCUAGUUAUCUUGCCAGCUAGUGUGGUAAUGACAGUACAGGGGCCCUGGCCUUGAAGUGAGAAAGGAGCACCACGAUGGAGUCACUAUGGAAGAUGUGAUGGCCACCUCAUUGCUGACUCGGAUUUCCAUGAUUUAGGCAGGAACUACUGAACUACCCGUGACCUACUGCAGCGCUAAGGCCACCUUCCUUAUUCGUCGCGAGUCUCCGGCUCACCGCGGACUCGUACGCCCUUCGGGGUUCCGCGACCGGAGAUUCUUCCGACGACCUCAUCAUCAGGGUGCCUCGCGGGGCAUGAUUGCUGUAUUGGCGAAUCCCCUAUAUGUAAAGCGGGAUCAUCAAUUCAACCUGUCUACCACGCUUGGCAUCCCAAAUCUUGGCCGGAGCACUGAUACAUCGUACCACCGAGACACACAAACAAAAGCUACCCACCCAUCCAAGACUGAAGUCCCAACCACCACAGCGAUGGCGCAUCCAAACGCACCAGCGCCUCCCAACCCAGCCACCAACCCCGACGCCGCCGACGACUUCCUCCUGCAGUCCUACACCCGUCUCCGACACACCAUCACCACCACCACCACCUCCUCCUCCUCCUCUCGAGAAGUCCUGCCCUCCCUCUCAGCACUCGCCACCGCCCUCUCGUCCCUCCCAGACCCAACCUCCCCCUCCUACCUCUGCCCGCUGGGGCCCGCCAAAACCCACGCUCACCUACUCCAGACCAUCCUUCCGGCCCUCAACAGCCAGGCGCUCUCCCCGCGCUACUUCGGCUUCGUGACGGGCGGGGUCCUGCCCAUCGCCGAGGCGGCCGACAACCUGGUGACGGCGCUGGACCAGAACGUGCAGGUGCACUUCCCUGCUCCUCCUCCUCCUCCGGGCUCUGAUUCGGAUGGGGCGGAUGGGACGGCGGCGACGGCGUGGGCGCAUUCCGUGUGCACGGCGGUGGAGGACGCUGCACUGCGGAUGCUGAUUUCGUUGCUGGGUUUGGAUGAAAGCAAGGGUGAUGAUGAUGAUGAAGGUGGUCGUUGGAGGGGACGGACGUUCACCACCGGCGCGACGGCGAGUAACAUGCUGGGGCUGGCGUGCGGGCGGGAGGCGGUCAUUGCGAGAAGGCUGGCUGGUAUUGGGGGGGAGAAGAAGGAGAUGGCGGUGGCGGAGGUCGGGAUGCUCGCGGCGUGCCAGGCGGCUGGGGUCAGGGAGAUCCAGGUCUUGACCAGCCUGGGCCACUCGUCGCUGGCCAAGGCGGCGAGCCUUGUUGGGUUGGGGCACGCGAGCGUCAAGGAGAUGGGGGUUGCUGGAGAGCCGUGGAGGCUGGAUUUGGAUGCGGUGGAAGGGGAGCUGAAGAGGGCGGAGGGCGAAGGGGUGGUGAGUAUCAUUGCGGUGAGUGCUGGGGAGGUGAACACGGGCAGGUUCGCCACGAAUGUGUUGGAUAUGCCGAAGCUGAGGAGCUUGGCGGAUCGCUACGGGGCUUGGAUCCAUGUGGAUGGGGCCUUUGGUCUCUUCGCUCGUGCGCUGCCCAGAACAGACGACUUUGUCAGCCUGCAUGGAAACGUUGCGGGAUUAGAAUUGGCCGACAGUAUCGCGGCGGAUGGGCACAAGCUUCUGAACGUGCCCUACGAUAACGGCAUCUUUCUCUGUCGCGAUGCGUCCGUCCUCACGCAGGUCUGCAGCAACCCCAACGCCGCGUACCUCGCAUCCCCUGAUAGCCCCAACGCCAUCCUCAGCCCCCUGAACGUUGGCAUCGAAAAUUCGCGCCGUUUCCGCGCUCUGCCCGUGUACGCCGUGCUCCUGAGCGAGGGCAGAGAAGGCAUUGCCGCCAUGCUCAGCCGGAUGGCCCGCCUUGCGCGCGAGAUGGCGGCCUUCGUGCGUGACUCGGAGCACUACGAAUGGCUGCCGAGCGAGGACGCAUCGCUAGAAAGCACCUUCAUCAUCGUGCUGUUCCGCGCCAAGGAUGCCGCCCUGAACGAGGUGCUGGUCGACCGGAUCAACGCAACGGGGAGGAUGUUUGUCAGCGGGACGAGGUGGGACGGAAAGAAGGCUGUGCGCAUUGCCGUAGCCAGCUGGCGGGUCGAUGUCGCGAGGGAUGCGGCGGUCAUGAAAGAGGUGCUGACGGCCAUUGCGGAGGGUUGGCGGUAGCACAUGCGUCGUAGAUGUUGUUGAGUCCCGGGAUCUGCUAUGUUGCCGGGCAUAGUCCAGUCUCUGCAGUUCGACCUAACCAAACUUCCGACUGCCCCCCUUGAACUUCUGCUCCUCGCCCUUCUUCCGCCCCUUGCCGAUCAACUCGAGAUGGCCCGCCCGCUCUCCCAGCAUCUGCUCGGUCUUGGCGACCAGUCCGGACGUGUACUUCUUCUGGAUCUUGUCGGCAGUCGUCUUUGACUUUUUCGCUUGAGGUUUGCUGAUGCCACUCUUUUUCGCCUGCUGCUUCCCCGCUGCCUUGCCGCCCUUCCCGCCCAGGGCUGGCUUUGGCGUCUUUUUCACAGCGCCUUGAGCCAUUUGCGCCGAUCUGCGAAUGCUUGGGCAAAUUUUCACCAAGUCGUGAGUGGACUGGUGCUAAGGAAGGAAACAGUGCAAACACCAUGAGAUUACACU